CUAUAUUCUAGUGCGAGCAGCAGAAUGAAAUUACUCUUAAUAACUUGUCUGUUUGUUGUGGGCAACUGGAUCGCCCCGGUUGUUUCCAAAGACGCAGCUCUCGAGACAGUGAGCAAGCAUGGCAAGCUGUCUGUCGACGGUGUUAAUCUGGUAAACCAAAAUGGAGAAAGGGUGCAAUUGAAAGGUAUGAGUCUCUUCUGGAGUAUAUGGAUGCCAUACUAUUACAACAAGACAACCGUCGACGCGGUAAAAGCUAACUGUCACUCCAAUAUAGUAAGGCCUAUGUUGGCAAUAGACACUAAGGAUGGCGGAUAUUUGACGGAUCCAGAUGGUCAAGAAGCUCUUAUCUACGCAGUUAUAGAUGCAGCUAUCGAAGAUGACAUAUACGUCCUUAUUGACUGGCAAGAUUUUGAAGCAGAAAACCACUUGGAACAGUCGUUGUACUUCUUUGAUAAAUUAUCAAAGACAUACGGUAGCUAUCCCAAUAUUAUCUAUGAACCUUACAACGAACCUAUAAGCCUCGAAUGGUCCAGCGUUGUAAAACCCUACCAUGAAGCUGUCAUCAAGACUAUUCGUGCCAAUGAUCCAGACAACUUGAUCGUUGUAGGCACCCCACAGUGGUCCCAACGAUUGGACUUGGCAGCCGCUGAUCCAAUCACAGGCUUUGACAAUAUCAUGUAUUCGUUGCACUUUUACGCCGGUACUCAUCAACAGUGGGAGAGGGACAUUACCAAAGCCGCUAUUGACGGAGGGCUUCCUGUAUUCGUAUCUGAAUAUGGUACCGUCAAUGCUGAUGCCAGUCCACCAGUAAACGUAUCGGAAACCCUCUUGUGGUAUGAGUUUAUGGAGGAGAGGGGUAUGUCUUACGUAAACUUCGCCGUGUCCGACAAAGAUGAAGGAGCUGCUGCCAUGAUUCCCGGCACACCCCCCGACAAAACUUGCGCAGAGGAGUACUUGACCGAAUCAGGAAAAAUCGUUGUUGAACACAAUAAAGCUUAAAUAUGUGAUUUUGCUAUAUAUUAUAAUAAAUGCUAUAUACACGCCUA